UUUGUCUGGAGGAACAACACAGUUAAUGUGGAGACUGUUAAAAUGUCGCGCGUGUGUGUGGGAGGGGUGGGUGAGACACGCGGUCAAUAAAUGUGCACACACUGUCUUAGGUUAUCAUUUCAGCAGCUACAGCUCUCACAGUCUGGCUUCACAGGAGUGACAUCAGCAACGACCUGCUUGGGACCUUUCUCCAGGUUUGGUUUCAUGUCAUUGAGAAAAUGUGCUUUUCCUCAUGUACACCCUCAACGGAGAAAUCAGGAAGAAAAGAAAAGAAAUACUCAAACUAUUUUAAAUAUUGAAUAAGUUCAUUAAAAAAAAAAAAAAAAAAAAAUCCAGAUUUAAUCAUGUCCCUGGACAAUACUUGUACAGUAACAUCGGCCAGCAAACACAAGGAGCGCAAACCAAAGAAGCCUCACUAUAUCCCCCGUCCGUGGGGGAAACCCUACAACUACAAAUGCUUCCAGUGCCCCUUCACAUGCAUGGAAAAAUCUCACCUGUACAACCACAUGAAGUACAGCCUAUGUAAGAACUCCAUGUCUCUGCUGAGGGAGUCGGAAUGGCCUUAUAAAAAAGGCAACAUCCUGCAUCCAGACCAGAUACGUCGAUUUCAGCAGGUGUGUGGCCUCCAUGCGGCGGAGAAAGAUGAACUGCAGCAGGCGACACAGACCGGGGAGGGGCAACAAAUAAUCUUAGAAAAAGAAAGAGAUAACAAGAAAGACAGAGAAGAUGUGGAGUUUGGGGCCAGAGGUGAACAACCAGAUGUUGGAAUGGCCAAGGAGAGUAACAGGAACAGAGAGACCUAUGCGGAAUUAAUUGGCAAGAAAACGAAACUCCAAAACUCAAAGGUUCUUACACCGGACAUGUUGUCCUUAGAAGACCAGAUUUUACAAGCCCACUCAGUCGAAGGACUAGCCCAGGCUAAUCAUUAUGAACCACCAAAGACGUGUCUCACAUCUCCUGAGCUGCUGCCUAGAAAAUGGUGGCUGUUAGCAUCAGGCCAUACUAAGGUCAAAUCAGAGGGAGCGAUGCCCUAUGUGAGUAGUUCAAAACCCUGUUACCCUUUCGCCCAAAACCUGGCAGAUUAUCAGGACCUCACAGCGGCACAUCUCUCAGCACUUGGGGUGGACUAUGCCAUCAAGUCCAACCCCUUGUCCAAGCUGAACUCCUCUCCUAUUCCUACUACUGCAACGAGUGCUACCACCCACAGCCACGCGCAGCUCCCUCCACCCCCCUUCCUGGCAUCAGCAGCUCAAUUGAUGCACUUAGCCUCUGGUAUGGAUACAGAUAGAGCCCUCCUCCCAUUUCAUCUGUACUACCCGUUCCUGUGCGAUCACACAACUGGACCGGCGUUAGGUCAGAGUGACUUAGGUAAGCAACUGAAACCGUCAGCAAAUUGCCUAGAAGGAAAUCCCCAGUCCACCUACCUGCCUAAAAUCAGUUUGUGGAAGGCACCAACGUUACUGCCAGAAAAGACAACACAUUUACCUGCCGGCUGGGCAGCGACACAGGGAGACACCAUUAGCUUCAAGGUUGGGGAUACACUGCCGACAUCAGCCAAGGAAAGAAAACUAAGCUGGAACUUAAAGAGAACAGGGCCUCCGCUGUGGAGCCAUGAGGAACCAGUGGAGAAGAGGCCGACCCUGGGCUUUACUGUGGAUGUGCUGAAGAAUAUUCAAACUGCAGUGGCAACAGACAAACUACUUCAUCAGAAAAGUUCACCCAGCACUCAGCUUCAACCCUGGCCUAAUGAUAUGUUGUACAGUGAUACUUUAACUAAUUAUAGAAGUGAAGCAUCUUCAAUUAGUGGAAGACCCAAUAGUCAAGAUCUGUCCGCUGUCCGGAUGGUUGGGGAUCAUGCCCCAGAGUCAGUGGACGCUCUCCUAAGCAACCUAACCACAGCUUUGCAGGAGUACCAAAAGGCUGAGUGCAAAAUUUCUCAACUGGAAAAGGACAACCUGCCUGUCCAGCAUUAUCUCUGGGACCAUCUAAGCAAAAUCCGGGGUGAGUUGUCCCACAUACAACAAGCGCUGGAGCAGAUGGCUCCUCAGUGCGACAGACCUCUUGACCUGUCAUUCAAGAAGGACUCCCUACAUUUCACAAUGGAGGACGGUAGUUUCGAAGACAGCCGAAAGACUAAAGGCAAGACGCAGGGAGUUGAAGCGGUAAAGCAGGAGGAGGAGAACGAGUGUGAAAAAAAAGUGCUGAGGUCGUCUUUAGAAAGUUGUAAACAGUCACUGGAAAUUAUGUUUAAAAUGAAUCAGGCAUCAGUAGAAAACACGAAAGUUCUCUCGGCUGAUAGUUUUGCAAUUGAGCCCAGUUCGGAAGAAGCCUCGUGGCCCAGCAGAACAACGAAAUGUGAGGCAGACUCCAGUGUUCUACUCGGGCCCGAUGGCCGAUCUGUUGUGUUCGCCGAUCUCUCUGUUUCUUCUAAAUCCUCAAAGAAAGCCUUGCAGCAACGAGGAGACACUUCAUAAAAUGUAUUACAUAUUUUGACUUUUAAACUACAGACUGUCCUAGUCUUCAUAAGGAAAUAAAACAGUGAGCUGUAAUUUUUUUUUGUAUCCUGCUUACAGCUACUGGCAGUUUAACUGGAGAAUACUGGGAAAGUAGCAGUAGCUAUGCAUGAGCACAUGAUACAUUAGGAAACCUAUACAGUAUGUUCGACACUCUUAAUAUGGAUUUUAAAGAUCUAGGGUUAAUUUGAUUUCUUAUCUAAUAGUAAUUUUCUGUUUAUCUUCCUAAUCCCUACCAUCUCUGUGUUCCCUCUGAUUUCCUUAUAAAAUAUAUCCAUUGACUCUUAUCACCACUUUUCUGUUUAUUUUCAUGUUGUCUAUAUAACAUUUAAAUAUAAAUAAUUUUUUUUCUGACAUUCUCUUUGACAUCUAUACGUUCAUGUGCUGCUCUAUCAGUGUUAUUGAUAAUUUAUUCUCACCAACUGUGUCCGCUACAUUUGGUGACAUGUUUUGUUAUUUAACUUGUGUGUAACAAUAUUAUGUUGGGCUGCAAUAUUUGACUAAAAAAAAUAAAAUAAAAUGGCAUCGUUCACACCAUGUUUCUUUACGCAUUCUGUACAAUGACUGUCAUCUGCGGCACCUUUGGUACAAAUGCA